CUUCCAUCUGGUGUAGAGAAUAAGCUGCCAUUGACGAAUGUCAUGAGAAAGGAGAUUAUUUAAUUUAGGAGCAGUUGACAGACAUAGCUAUUCCAAUGUUAUAGCCUCAAUUUCUUUUGAAUUGGUUUUAAAUAUUUAAAAAUGGAGAUGUCUGUUCAACGAGAACAUCAUAGUACCAAUGGCAUAUCAGGAUCAGGAUCAGGAUCUUGUCUUUAUGAUCUGUUUUGUUCAGAAACACCUAAUCUCAAUGCUCACAAUCUAAGAGAACGAUGGAUGUCUUCUGGACCGCAGAAAAGAUUAGACAAUUUGAUGCGUCAAGCUGGGAACAGGUAUUGUGCCGAUUGUGGAUCAUUAGAGCCAAAAUGGGUGUCUACAAGCCUUGGAGUUUUUAUAUGUAUCAAAUGCUCUGGAGUACAUAGAAGCCUCGGUGUCCAUAUAUCAAAGGUUCUGUCCCUAAAGCUAGAUGAAUGGACAGAUGAACAAGUUGAUGAAUUGGUGAAAUUGGGUGGAAAUACAGUAGUGAACAAGAAGUAUGAAGCUUACCUGCCAAGUAACAUAAGAAAACCAAAACCUAAUUCUUCCAUUGAAGAACGCUCUGAAUUCAUUAGGAGAAAAUAUGAGUUUAUGCAGUUUUUGGAUGCUGAGGAGAACAUGUCUUGCCCUUUCAUACCAUCCAAUUCAGGAAGUUCAUCAGAUUCUCAGAUUGGUUCCUCAAGACUUCAGUCCAUACGAGAAAAAAAGCAGCAUUCUUCUGAUAAUAAACAACAAACUAAACAUCGUAUUUGCAGAACAUUUCGAAACAGUCGAGGAAGAAAAGAAACUCAUGACUUUAGGACUUCAAAGAAUAGCACAUCAUUGGCAGGUAUGACUGAAUUUGUUGGGUUGAUAAAGGUGAAUGUGGUUAAAGGAAUUAAUCUUGCUGUUCGUGAUGUAAUGAGUAGUGAUCCUUAUGUGAUCAUAUCCCUUGGUCACCAAUCAGUGAAGACUCGUGUCAUAAAGAACAAUUUAAACCCAAUUUGGAAUGAAAGCCUAAUGUUGUCAAUUCCUGAUAAUAUUCCUCCUCUUAAAAUUAUUGUGUAUGAUAAAGAUACUUUCUCCACUGAUGAUUUUAUGGGUGAGGCUGAAAUAGACAUUCAACCUUUGGUCUCAGCUGCAACAGAAUAUGAAAAAUCUUCAGACGAUAACAUCGUGCAGAUUGAAAAAAUGGUAGCAAGUAGUGACAACACUCUUAUUAAGGAUAGCAUAAUCUCCCUUGAAGAUGACAAAAUCAAACAACAGGUCUCAGUAAGACUCCAACAUGUUGAGAGAGGUGUGUUAGAGAUUGAACUUGAAUGUGUUCCUUUAACUCAGUAA